UCCUGGGCACUUCCGGGCCCGGCUUCUGUCCCGUGCCCCGGUCAUUCUGCUGCCAGUUCACCGCUGCGAGCGGAGGUCGGGCGGCCCGAGGCGGCCCGGCUCAUCUACGUGUGUUAGCAGCAACGGGGACGCUGCGACUGUCACGUUCUCGUGUUUGCGGCACACGCACGGCAUGAACUCCCCGGCGGACGGCCCUCUAUAAAAAGGCCGUGAGAACACGCGAUUUUGCAACUAGUUCGAUGUGGCAAGUCCCGUUCACCCCACGCGGCCAUGGAGGAGCCGGGGGAUGCCUCAUUAACACCCCCGCCUCAUCCCGCCGGCAGGGCACUCGGCGCACGCGCAGAGGCCGGCGCAGAGGCGUCUGGGAAUUCAGGCUGGGCUGGCGGCUUUCUGGCUGCUUGGCAUUGUGGGAGAUGUAGUCCAUCCUGCCUCCCCUGUUCUGCGGCUCCGCAGUAAAAAGUGAAGCCCGUAAACUGCCAUUCCCAGGAUGUGUGGGGUUUCCCAGGCUGCCUUGCGAAAGCAUGGCGGGCAAGAUGUGAAUGUCAAUAGUAAGGUACAUUUUAAAUUUGAAAGGACAUUUUAAUUCAAGAGGAGAAAAAAGACGACAAGGUGUGCGUAACCUCUCCUGUAGAUUUUUCAUCUUGACAUCCACCGAACACACUGUGUAAUGUAAAUGAGUUGAUUUCAUGUUUCGUCCGCUUGAGUGUGCGGAUUACUAGGCUUUAGAAGUUGCCAUCCCGAAGCCUCAUAGACUUGUGAACAUGAUUUGUGCUUUUCUACGAGUUGUGCAGCAUGUGGAGAAGCUGCCCGCGUCCUGGGGCAGGCAGUUGUUGCCACACUCUAUGCUCACCAAAGCUUCCUUGAAGACUCAGCCUUUGAGGUGGGGGCUGCUAGAGCAGAAGAAAACAGUGCAUCCUAGAACUGUUUGGGGGUUCACCCAGAAAACCUUCUGGACGCAAGGACCGGACCCCCAGAAAGCAAAGGAGGACAGCAGCAAGCAAGUCUCUAUUAGCAGAAAUCAGAGAGGGGAAACGAGCGUCUCGACGUCUCAGAAAGUGAAAGAAGCUGGAAGAGACUUCACCUACUUGGUAGUGGUGCUCUUCGGAGUCAGCAUUACAGGUGGCUUGUUCUACACGAUUUUCAAAGAGCUGUUUUCUUCAUCCAGUCCUAAUAUCAUAUAUGGGAAAGCCUUAGAAAAAUGCAGAACACAUCCCGAGGUGAUCAGUGUGUUUGGGGAGCCUGUUAAAGGCUACGGGGAAAUGUCGAGACGUGGGCGGAGACAGCAUGUCAGUUUUAUUGAAUAUGCAAAGAAUGGGCUAAAGCGCAUCCGUGUGAAAUUCUACAUUGAGGGCUCUGAACCCGGAAAGCACGGAACAGUGCAUGCUGAAGUGGAAGAGAACCCACAGAGUGGCCGGUUUGAAUUUCGAUACGUAUUUGUGGAAGUGGCUCCGACUAGAUCUAUUGUUGUUGAAGAUAAUCGUUCCCAAGAGAGUUAAGAGAAUCAAGCCAGCCUGCUGCUUCCCGCAGGGAAUAAAGGGAUUCAUUGCCACUGUGAUCUUACAACUCUUUCAGAAUCUGUUCAGAAAAACAAGAAUAAAAAGUAUGUCCCAUAGAAAGUGAGUGUAAUGUGAGAGAUCAUGAGUUUGAACAAACCAAACUGAGUUCUUCUUGUGAAAAUCAUGAAAUGUAGCAAAUUUUACAGUAUCAUGUGGAGUUGUCAAUCAUGACAGUGUUUCAGCUGUAUGUUCAUGAUAAAUUUUUGUUACUGAAAUUUAUAUACCACAUAAAUAAAAGUUUCAGUAUUUUAUGCUUUUUAA